AGUACGGUGCAUACAGCCAACCGGCUGCAGGCAGCCAGGGGAGUUAUAAUUAUGGAAGCUAUGGAGCUGCAGACAGUUCUUACACAGCCCAAAGUUAUGGGCAGCCAGCAGCUGGGGGUGGCUAUGACCAGUCUGCUGGGCAGCAAGCCUAUGCGGGAUACGACCAGAGUGCAUAUGGUGCCGGAGCUGGUGCCACAGGGCAGGGGCAGCAACCUGCUACACAGUAUCCAAGCCAAGCCCAGUAUGGGGCCUAUGACCAGUCAGGACAGCAGGGCGGCCUAGGGAGCACGGGCUACGCUCAAACUGGUUCAGAUGCCUACAGCCAGCCUGCAGCCUAUGGCUCUCAGCCAAGCACAGGAGGCUAUGGUCAGCAGGGCGGCUAUGGCGGAGGUACAGGCGGGAGUGCCUAUGGACAGGCUAGCACCGGCAGCAGCUAUGGGCAGACUAGUGCUGGUGGUGGCUACGGGCAGAGUGCCGGAGGAGCAGGAGGCUAUGGGCAGCAGCCGCCUCCUAGUACAGGCGGUAGUUAUGGGCAGAGCACUGGAGGAGCUGGAGGCUAUGGUCAGCAGCCACCUAGCACAGGCGGUAGUUAUGGGCAGAGCACUGGAGGAACUGGAGGCUAUGGUCAGACAAGUUCAGGAGGUACUGGUGGAGGGUACGGACAGACCAGUGCUGGAGGUGGUGGAACUGGAGGCUACGGACAGGCCAGCACAACUGGUAGUGGUAGCAGCAGCAGCUAUGGUGGCAGUAGUGGUGGUGGUGGCAGCGGCUUCCAGGGCGGUAACCGUGGUGGCAGCGGAGGACCUGGAUCAUUUGGUGGCCGUGGGCGUGGAGGUCCUAGUGCUCCCAGUGCUCCCGGAGGCGGCAGUAGCGAACGAGGUGGCAGCAGUUUCGGCGGCAGCCGAGGUGGCAGUGGUGGAUUCAGCAAGUUUCCUGAUAGGGGUGGUCGAGGAGGCAGCAGUGAUCGGGGCGGAGGCUCCUACGGGGCUGGACGGGAAAUGGAGGUGCAGCAAGACACAAUCUUUGUCUCCAACAUGGGCCAGGAUGUCUCUGAAGAGAUGCUUAUACAGCACUUUGGUAGCAUCGGUGUCAUCAAGACUGACAAGAAAACCAACACCCCCAAAGUCUGGAUCUACAAGGACAAGAACACCAACCUGCCAAAGGGAGAAGCUACCGUGACCUUUGAUGACCCUGACACAGCCAAGGCAGCCAUUGACUGGUUUGACG